GUAUGCCUUACUAAAUUCGAUUAAAAUUUUGUCUGUCAAUAUCCAUUUUAUAACAAUUUAUCUCUCACAUCAAGUUUAUCCAUAAAAUCGGUCCGCUUUUUACGCCAAAAAAUUGAUAAUCAUUUUUUCGCGAAUAAAAUUUAAUUAUUAGCACUGUUUUAAGUGCUUAUUCUUAAGUUUUUUAAGUGAAAGAAAACUAUUUUCUGAAAUAACUCAGUACUUUUCAAAAAACUCUAAAAAGCAAUGGGAUCAAGUUUUAACGAUCUCACUAGUCCCUUGCACCAGGGGGGUACCUUGGACCCCUCUGGGAGCGAUGGGCUGGGCCUGGGUGGGGGUUUGAAUGAUGAGGAUGAUGACAUGCCUAACUUGUUGGACUAUCUGGAUGAGUUCGGAGAUGGUGGUUCUGGAUCUGACCUUGAGACUGGAUGCUUCUCAGUUCUCCAUUCGUUGCUCAACGACGAACCCUUGUCAAUGCCCAGCUCGCCAAACUUCGCCGGUUUCAAUUUCGGCCUCACGUCUGCUGAUGUCUCAGUUCUGCCCGCAGAAUCCGAACAAACCCCGAGUCAACCUCAUAGUCAAUCAGACGAAAUCAACCCACCCGAAGCCAAAAAAAUAUGCGCAUCUGUUCCAGUGCACUCUUCAAACGUGAACAAAUUAGUACAAAACCUGCACAACGGUCCAACUAAUAAGAUGCAAUUUAUGAAGUCUCGUGACGAAGCAGAUUAUAACGAGCUCGGAAAACUUUUGGACUCUACUUCGCAUCAACAACAGCAGACAAAAAUAGGAUCGGAAAAAUCGAUUCCGGAUAUUUCGCAUUUUUCAAGUAGUUCGCUCAGAGAGAGUUCGUCUUUCGGAUCACCUGCGACUCCCGACUUCGGGACUAGUCCGAGUAGCGGAACAAGUUUCAACUCGGAUGAUACUGGAUUCCGUUCGGGUUCGUCAAUGUCGGCGGAGCAUUCUGGCAGUCGAUGCUGCUGCGAGCCGACGAUAGUCAAAUUGAAACAACCUGAAGAAACUUCUCGAUUUUGUUUCGAGACACUGCAGCGAUGUGCUCAGACUGUGUCUUCUCUUCUGCCCUUCAAAGGACUGCUGAGGGAGGACAGGGCUCUUCUGAUUGGUCAGUCGUGGGUGUCCAUCUUCCUCAUCGCCAUCACAGAAGAACAGCUGGACAUCAAGAUGGAACUGAAGAACUUCUGCAACAGACCCAAUGCAGUACCAUGUUGGAAACAGACCAUUUGUGCGAAUAAACUAGCCCGAAUAUUCGCCGAGAAGAACCAGCUGCCCACUUGUGAAAGUGUGAACACAGUGAAGGCGAUGCUGAACAAGAUUGCGGGACUGAAGUUGUCUGAUGAAGAGUACUUCUACUUAAAGAUCAUUGCACUCUUCAACCCAGAACUGGUUCUACUGAAAAACAGUCAACUAGUGUACCACAACAGAGCUAUGGCCGAGCAAGCCCUGAGAGACCACUGCAGGCUAACACAGCAGCAAAGCUACCAACAACAACAACAACAACAGAGUAGUCCCAGUAAUGUUUCCACCGGAGGUGCAGGGGGAGGAGGAAAAGGAAGAGGAGGGGAUCCCCCCAGACUCAGUCCUAUCCAACUAGACCCCCUCCGUCCUGCUCAUUGCUUGUCGUUGGUGGCCCACUUGCGUGAAAUGUCCCCCCAAACGGUGACUGAGUUGUUCUUCAGGCCUGUUCUGGGGGCGGGACUGGAUAUGGCUGAUGUGGUGAUGGAGAUGUUCAAUAGUAAAGAUGAGCAGUUUUUGUGAACUUUGUGUAGAAUAUUUAGCGUGUU